AUGAAUUUAUGUCUAAAUAAGCUUUUAGAAUCAAUUAAUCAAGUUUAUGAAGUUACCUUCUAAAAAAUGAUUGAAAUACUUUAUAGAGGAGGAAUCAUUCGACCACAUAUCGGAAGAGCGGUAAUUCCAACUUUAGAACUACAACCCAUAGAUCACUCAUUAAAAUAGCCCUUAACUUUACAUUCUUGUUCAUCAACUCCUGUUUUUACCAAAAGUGAAUCUAUUUAUAGAAGAGCAGAAUCUGAAAAAGAAUUUAAAAAGUGCAUUAUACCAAAGUAUGUUUUUAAUAUUAGUCAAGUUUAGGUGACACCAUUAACAAAGUGGAAUGCUACUCCAAAGAUAUAUCUCUCCUUAAUUUGUUUGAUGAUAAAUAAGAAGUAAAUCCAAAUACAAAUUAAUUCGACAAUAAUAAUGUUAGAUAUUAAUUACAGCCAAUUACAGAAGAACAUAAAGUAUGUAAUAAUCUAGAACAUUUAGAAUCUGAAGAAUUCAAAAAUAAUCAAAACCAAGUUAAUCAUUUAAUCUAAAAUUAAUAAAGAAAUUAAAAUUCUCAAGAAUAAAUAUCAUAAGAUUAGUUUUAUUCAAUAAUAGAUAAUCCAAACAAGAUCACUUAAUCCGAAUAAUUUUUUAGCAUUAUAGAUAGAAGUUCUUUUAGACAUAGCUUCAAUAAGAAUUAAGCAAGAAAAUGACGUUAUUUUAUCAUUAAAUAAUUAUAUUAUUUAAUUCUAAUUUAAGUAUGAUUUGAUAUGA